UAGCUGACGGUAACGGUCGCUAACGGUCGCUAACGGUAUGUCAGACGACCCGUCAGCAGCCGCUGGGAGGAGAAGCUGCUGCUUCUGUUGCCUGAACUAUCAGCGCAGCUAUUUGAAACUGGCCUGUCAGCUGGUUAGACAGUGUAGCUGCCUAGUUAACUAACCCGAGACACAGAUAUAACUCAUUUUCUACGCUGCUUUUUUCUGCCCCGCACACAACGACCACAGUAUGGGGAUGUGCUUACCGUGCCUUGGUGGAGCAGCGGACGACGUUGUUGUCACUCCAGAUCCGGAUACAAGAAGACGACAGUUAGCUGAGGCCGCCGAGAAGAGACAAAAAGAGACAACAUACAGGGGGGUUAAAAAUCCAGAAGCAGUUGAGAGGAAAAGGAAAAAACAAGAAGAGAUUGAGAAGCAGGCGAUGACCACGUCUGUGUCUGGCGGCGGCGGGUUGAAGUGGCAAGUGGGCUGAAAAUCUCUCGUCUUGACUCCGAAACAUCAUGAAUAAUUGCUGCAAGGUGACGUGAAAGAUGCUUGAACUGCUGUCCAUUUUUCUUUUUCUUUUUUUUUGCCUAUUUUAUGAUGUUAUGAGACAAACGGUUUCAAUUGCUUUAUGCAAAACAAUCUGAAGUGAUCACAGUCCGAACAGCAGGACCUGCUCUCUUGUUGCCAAGUUAUACAAGCUGGUGUGGACCUUUGGACACGUCAGGGAUGACACAGAAAUGUGCAAGCAAAUACAUGUCCGACUGUAUUAGUUUUAUUUAACAAUGGGGAUUAGACAGUCUAACUUUAGACAACACUAAAGAAUAUGGUUGUAAAGUCCGGGUCUCUGGUGACUGUUGUCAUAUUAAGACAAAGCUGUCCUCAACACUUAAGCUUUUUCACUACUCUGCUUUCUGGUUUUCAUACUUGAGGAUCAAUUCACUGUAAAUCCACAUUAGCCACGUUACUUUUUAUAUGACUUCUCCAAAAAUCCGUUAUUUAAACAAUACAUUUCACAAGUUUAUGUUUACAGAAUAAUUUAAGUGUGCUUAUUGUAGGAUUAGUUAACAGUAAUAACCACCUUAUUAUAUAAUUCACCUUGUUUAGGGCUCUGUUUGUUGGCAACACAAAGACUAGUGCAAACAGCGCCAUGACUUGUUGGUAUUUACUGAACUUCUGAAGCACUUUGUCUUCGCUGGGUGUUGAUGUUUUGAUGAAAUACAUGUCUUGGACAUUAUGUUGAGCUGGGUUGUUUGUUUGACAACCCAGCCUGUACACAGCAUCCACACGAUACUGCUGAAUAUUGUACAACAACACUAAAACCAGUAAAAAUGAAAAGGAGGUGCAGCACUCGGACUGGUCUUUACCAUUGUUCCUUCAAUAGAGCCCCAUUUUGUUUUCUCUGCACAAUUUCGUUUGAUGAAUUGAAUUAAUAUGUAUGCAAAACACUGGUGUGAUGCCUGCUUAAUUUAAAUAACAUAUGAAACAUGUUUGUGAAUUACCAUAUGACAAACAGAAGCUUUUCUUAGACAUUAUUUGCACAUAGUUUGUCAACAUCUGGUGAACAGCGCAUAUGCUUUCUCACACUCUUACGUUGGGAGAGGUUCAUGUCAACUAGAAUGGAAACAGGAAGAAACUGAAGGAAAAGAAUAAGUGAAGUGUGUACCGUACAUAGUGAAAUAUUUACUUUUACUUGCUUAAUUGAGUGCAUUUCUUACAGCCUUCACUUGAUCUUUAAAUGUUUCCGGUGCUCUCAACAUUUUGUAGAGCAGGAACUCCAGCCAAUGUUAUUUGCUACAAUAAAUCACAUUUCUGCUA